CCUCUGAAGAAAACAAAGAACCACAAGAGAAAAGGCACCCUGAUUAUACUGGAAAGCUUCGAAAACAGAGAGGGGGAAAGACAUGGCAAUGUGGAUACCAGUAACUUUGGUAGCAGGACUGCUGAGUAUUUUGCUCUUUCUGAAACAACUCUGGUCACACAAGAACUAUCCUCCAGGGCCUCUUCGGCUUCCUAUCAUCGGAAGCGCAUGGCGGAUACUCAUAGACUUUUCUCAGGAUACUUUUAUUAAGCUGGCAAAGGAAUAUGGAAACGUUUACACUGUAUGGUCAGGGAGUUUGCCUGUGGUGGUGAUGUCUGGAUUCGAAGCAGUGAAAGAAGCGGCAAUCAACCAUUCGGCAGAUUUUGAUGAGCGGCCAGUGACUCCUUUCUUUGAAGCCAUAGGGAAAAAAAGCGGUAUUAUAUUUUCAAAUGGUCACAUCUGGAAACAACAGAGGAAGUUUGGCUUGGUGACCAUGCGGAAGCUGGGACUGGGGAAGAAAGGCAUAGAGCAGCAAAUACACGAGGAGGCCUAUCACCUGGUUCAGGCCUUUGCAGAUGCAAAACGACAGCCGCUUGACCCUGCAAUACCCAUCACUAAUUCUGUCACUAACGUGAUCUGUGCUCUGACCUUUGGUCAGCGGUACUCUCUCAGAGAUGAAGAAUUCCUCAAGUUGAGAGAUGCCUUAAAGACUUUUGUAGAUGGUACAGCAACCAUAUACCAUCUUCUGUAUGACCUAUUCCCAUGGAUCAUGAAACAUCUCCCAGGACCUCACAAGAGGUCCAUUGCUGCCCGCGAUUUUGUAGCUGACUUUGCAAUGAAGGAGAUACAAAGGCAUAGAGUGCAUGAGGCGGUGCACGAGCCACGUGAUUUCAUCGAUUACUAUCUACUUCAGAUGGGGAAAAGCAAGAGGGACCCCACUUCUACCUACAAUGAGGAGAACCUAGUGCAGUGCAUUGCAGACCUGUUUGCCGCAGGCACAGAAACAACCACCACCACCCUUUACUGGGCGUUCCUCCUCAUGGCAAAUUAUCCAGAUGUUCAAGAAAAAGUCCAGAAGGAGAUAGACAAUGCUUUUGGUUCCUCUGAAUUUUUUUCCUACCAAGAUCGGAGGAAAGUGCCGUACACCAAUGCUGUGAUUCAUGAGAUCCAACGUUCCAGAUAUAUCUUAUUGUUUGGAGUCCCCAGACAAUGCUCAAAGGAUGUGAACAUUUUUGGGUUUUUCAUUCCAAAGGGGGCCACUGUUAUUACAGAUCUCCGGUCUGUUCUUCUUGAUCCUAAGAAAUGGGAGACCCCUGAAAAGUUCAACCCAAAUCAUUUUUUGGACAAGGAUGGACAGUUUGUGGAGAACGAAGCAUUCCUUCCAUUUGGAGCAGGGGCCCGUGUGUGUGUGGGGGAGCAGCUGGCAAGUAUCGAAAUCUUCAUCAUCUUCACCAGGAUGCUGAGGGCAUUCACCUUGCAGGCACCAGAAGGGGUGAAAAGAAUCAGUGAAGAACCCAUAGUACGAUUGACUACCCCUCCCUGUCCUUAUAAAAUCUGUGCUAUUCCCCGCAACAAUGGAUCAUAA